AUGGAAGAACGAAAAUCACGCCGCCCCAAAGAUAACGCGCUGAAGCAGCAAAGAUUAUGAGCAUAUCAGCCUAUUCAUACACUCAAAUCGACUGUGAUUGUUUUAUCUGUCAGUGGAACUCUUUUUUUCAUUUUUGGGAUUGUUUUAUAUGUGGAGGCUGACCAAGUAAAAGAAUACUCAGAAAGAUAUGACAAUCAUAUAGGCUGCAAUGGGACUUGAGAUAAGCCUGCGACCUGUGAAAUUGAAAUAGAUAUCGACGACCGUAUGGAAAAUCCAGUAUACAUUUAUUAUCAACUUUAUAACUUUUACCAGAAUUACAGACUUUAUGUGAAAUCGCGGUCUUAUGUACAGCUGAGAGGCGAUUCCAUGACUUCUACAGAGCACGCAAAGUGCUCUCCUAUAAAAAAAGUAAAAGAUUUAGACCUGAAAAGGGACGUUUCAUGGAAAAAUACGCCACUUUCUGAGAGUCAAGAUGCCAAUCCCUGUGGACUAGUCGCGAAAAGCGUUUUCAAUGACACAUAUGCCCUAUAUUACAGUGAAAAUACGACAAGAAUCAAUAUUUCAGAAAAAGAUAUCGCAUGGAAGUCUGAUAGAGAUUAUAUGUUUAAAAGAACCAGCGACUAUGAAGAUUCUGAAUGGAUUGAUGUAGAAGAUGAACAUUUUAUUGUCUGGAUGAGGAAUGCACCUAUGCCAACUUUCAGAAAAUUGUGGGGGAUUAUAAAGCAAGAUUUAGAAUCUGGAGUCUACAGGCUCCAAAUAAAGGAUAAUUAUGAUGUAUCAAGAUGGAGCGGAGAAAAACACAUUGUCUUUAGCACUGCUAAUUCACUUGGAGGAAAAAAUUACUUUUUAGGGCUUGUAUUUUUAAGUGCAGGAGGCAUGUGUGUCGUUGCGAUCAUUUUCUUUUGCGGGAUGAGCAUGUUUUCAAAGAAAAAAGUUAUUGAUCCUGCCCAUCUUAAAUGGAAAUAA